AUCUCCCUCUUUCUGGAUUUGCAUUUCAUUAUCUUUCACUCUCAUGGUUGAAAUAGAAUAACAUUUUCAUCAAUUGGAAGAAGUGCAUGAUUUUUCACCUCAAACGAUGGAAUGUCAGUUUCAUAUUUUUAGAACUUCCUCACUUGAAUGUGUACAACGGUUUUAAUUUCUACCAUCCCUUUUGACAAGAAUCUCCUGUUGGAGCUGGGAAAUCUUGUAUCAAAACCAUGGACGGAGCUUUUCAAACCCUUGGCAAGAAAAUUCUUGAUCGCGUGUUAACGUUGUUUCAACUUUGGGUCCUUGAGUUAUAGACUAGAAGAAAAGCGAACAUGUUCACCAAUGACCAGAGGCAAGAAGAGCGAACGGGAAAAUAUGGAACCCCAAGACUGCAAUACCUUCAGGAAUUGGUGACCCAGUUUCAGAGCGCAACUGAAGAUGAGACUAGAGAGAAAAUAGUGGCAAAUUUGGCGAACUUUGCCUAUGAUCCUUACAAUUAUAACUUCUUGCGUCAGCUCAAUGUUUUGGAACUUUUUCUGGACUGCAUAACUGAAACCAAUGAGAAGCUUGUGGAAUUUGGAAUUGGAGGGAUAUGCAAUGCUUGUGCAGAUCCGACCAAUUCUAAUAUUGUAACUCAAUGUGGUGGGAUUCCUCUUGUCAUCCAGUGUUUAUCAAGCCCAGUUAGGAACACCGUAAAUUAUGCACUUGGGGCUCUUUACUAUCUAUGUAAUGAAUCUAACAAGGAAGAGGUUUUGAAGCCAGAAGUUAUCGAUGUUAUCCAGAGAUAUGCUGCUGCUGAAACUGUCAGUGUGAGCUUCAGUAAUCUAGCUAAAGCUUUUCUUGACAAACAUCUAUCAAACAACUUGCACUAGUUCAGGGCUUACAAUACUCGUUCCUGUGAUGAAACGAGAGUAUUCAGAGUUUGUGAAUAGUAUAUUUUGUUAUAGACAUCAUAUUCAUUUUCAUAUUGAUGAGACUACUUUACAAGGCUGC